AUGUCGCUCACUAAUGGAACUCGUGACGGCUUCGCUUUUAUCUUGGUGGGUUUGCCUGGCAUGGAAGCGGCCCAGUUUUGGUUGGCCUUCCCCUUGUGUGCCAUGUACCUGGUGGCCGUUGUGGGCAACUGUGCCGUCAUCUAUGCUGUUAAAACAGACCCGGCACUCCAUGCGCCCGUGUACUUCUUCCUCUGCAUGCUGUCGGCUGUAGACGUUCUGCUUUCUACUUGCACAAUGCCCAAAAUCCUGUCUUUCUUUUGGUUUGACGCCAGGGAGAUUGGCUACAACGCUUGCCUCGCCCAGAUGUUCUUCAUCCAUGCCCUUUCAGGAGCUGAGUCCACCGUCCUCUUGGGCAUGGCUGUGGACCGUUACGUGGCCAUUUGCCACCCUCUGCGGCACUCUGCCGUCCUCACCAACUCCAUGACAGCAAAGAUUGGCUUUGUGGCAGUAGCGAGAGGAGCCCUCUUCUUCCUCCCUCUUCCGUUGCUGAUCAACCGCCUGCCGUUGUGUGGUUCCAGGGUGCUCACACACUCCUACUGCGUCCACCAAGAUGUAAUGCACCUGGCUUGUGGCGACAGAAUGCCAAACGUUGCCUAUGGAUUGACCGCCAUCCUUGCAGUGAUGGGCCUGGAUUCACUGCUCAUCUUCCUGACCUACGCAGUGAUCAUGAAGACCGUCCUGCAGCUGCCCUCUAGACAAGAACAGCUGAAGGCAUCUGGGACCUGCCUGGCCCACGUCUGUGUCGUCCUGGCCUUCUACGUGCCCCUGAUCGGGCUCUCUGUGCUGCACCGGUUCGGGAGGCUUGCCCACGGCCUAGUUCACAUCACAGCAGUGGCGUCCACCACCACACUCCUGGAGUACCCCGAUUGCUCCAACCCCCCCCUUAUCUAUGCGGCCAGGACCAAAGAGCUACGGAGAAGGGCCCUGAAGCCAGUGCGGAGGAGCUGA